UCGGGGAGGGGACGUUCCCAGAAUGCACCUUGUAUCAACACGGCGGCGGUGGCGGCCUCCCGAAGUCCAGGCGUUUGGCCGAGCGGCGCACGUCCCCAGCACUCUCCCCACAGGAGGAAACGGCGUUCCACGCCAUUAGCCCCCACCACACCACCUUCACAAACAACAGAGAAAAGCCCAUAUUUUCAGACCACAGAAAUCUCACUUUGGACAGUGGUGGCCGCUAUUCAGGCUGUGGAGAAGAAGAUGGAAUCCCAGGCUGCUCGACUACAGAGCCUUGAGGGACGUGCAGGGACAGCUGAGAAGAAGCUGGCUGACUUUGAGAAGACAGCUGUGGAGUUCAGCAACCAGCUGGAGGGCAAGUGGGCUGUGCUGGGGACCCUGCUGCAGGAGUACGGACUGCUGCAGCGGCGGCUGGAGAACGUGGAGAACCUGCUCCGCAACAAGAACUUCUGGGUCCUGCGGCUGCCCCCUGGCAGCAAGGGGGAGGCCCCCAAGGUGUCUGGAUCCAUUGAGAAUGAUGGGGUCUGUUUCUCGGAACAGGAGUGGGAAAACCUGGAGGACUGGCAGAAGGAGCUCUACAGAAAUGUCAUGGAGAGCAACUAUGAGACUCUGGUCUCUCUGAAGGUCCUUGGGCAGCCAGAAGAAGAAGCAGAAUUGGGUGCAGAGAUGGUGGGUGACUUGGUGGAAGAAGGUACCCACCUGGCAGAUAGGGCCAUGGUUAAACAGGAGGGCCCUGCAGGUCUUCCCAGCAUGUUUUCCAGUGCUGCUGAACAACAGGCUUUCUUUGGCGCGGAGCAGGCUGUGUUCUGGAAUAGUCCAGAAGAUCCUGCUCUCUUGGAAUCAGGCCCUGGGGACUCUAACCCUCAGUCUGUUGAGGACAGUAGAGACCCUGCCCCUGGUAGAAAACUGAACUGCCCCCGAAAACAGAAGUCUCACAGGCAGGUACAAUUGGGUCAGGAGUGUGGACAAGGCCUGAAGGUGAAAAGGGACACCAGCCCAUACAAAUGUUCCGAAUGCCAGAUCAGCUUCCGCUACAAGCAGCAGCUGACUGCACAUAUGCAGAGCCACGUGGGCAGAGAGUCUUACUCAGCCACAGAGCCAGAGGAGAGCCUUAGGCCCAAACCACGGCUGAAGCCACAGGCCAAGAAGUCGAAGCUGCAUCAGUGUGAUGUGUGCCACAGGAGCUUCAGCUGCAAGGUCAGCCUGGUGACCCACCAGCGCUGCCACCAGCAGGAGGGCCCCAGCACCAGUCCACAUAUCCAGGAGAGAUUCUCACCUAACAGCUUAGUUGCUCUACCUGGCCACAUCCCUUGGAGGAAAAGUCGGAGUUCUCUCAUCUGUGGGUACUGUGGCAAGAGUUUCAGCCACCCAUCUGACCUGGUGCGGCACCAGCGCAUCCACACAGGUGAGCGGCCCUACAGUUGUCCCGAGUGUGAGAAGAGCUUUGUUCAGAAGCAGCACCUCCUGCAGCACCAGAAAAUUCACCAGCGGGAGCGGAGUGCCCUGGCUCCAGAGCAUGGAAGGCCCAAUGGCCUGCUUUAAGGUUGCCAGCCCCUCACCGUCCGGGGGUGGAGGGGGUUGGCAUGAGUCCCCCGCAGAGACACUACAUAGUCAGGCUGACUUCUUCCUGAGAAUUGUUUCUGCUUUGCCCCCCUUGGCUAAGCACAAAGGCUAGUCUGAGACAAGGAGAGAUCUAAGGCCCAGCCUCUGCCCUCUAGGCCCUGCUAGUGGGUUUGCUGUUUCUUUAGCCCUUUGGGUCCCUGUUUCUGGUGUACUGUCACACCACAGGGACUAGUGGCCAGUUCCAGGGCCCAUCCUAGCAUUUCACACGUCUUCCCACAGUUAAAUGGGGCCACAGAGGUAUGUGGAGAAUUCUAGGAAGUAUUACCUUCCAUUUUGUAGCCUCCUUGUUAAUAACUAGUAUAAAUAAUUUAAAUGAACUGCUUAGGUUGUUCUAAAGACCCCCUUUUGGAGUUAGAUUCUUGUUGAUUUUUUAAAAACAUAGCUUAAAACUUGUUUUCUAAAUUUUAAGAGUUGUAGAAGUUGUUCCUAACCUGGGAACUGAGCCUACCCUCCAGGAGGGAAUAGCUAUGGGCUCUUUUAGCCCACCCACACUUAACAUAGAUUGGAGAGCCAAAACACACUGCUGGGUUCCCUCAGUGGGUUGCUGAGAUGGGGCUAGUUUUCUCAGGUGGGCCAAGAGGAAGCCCCUGAAGUCCCUGCUGGAUGUCAAGAUUUCUGUGAAGAAGCUGAAAGUUCAGUUCUGGGGAGUUUGGUGUCUCAUGUACUCUCCCCCUCUCUGUCCCUGGCUUUGCUGUGUUUCUGCAGCUCUGUGGGGGCAGGGAAUAUGGAAGACUGAGCUUGAUUCUGUUAUAGCAGGUAUCACUUGAAGUUGCUCAGAUUAGACUUUCCAGUGUCUGUCCCAGAGAUGGAGGAGGAAAAGCACAGGGGUUUGUCUCAGGAGUGUUGAGUACCUGCCCCACUGUCAUUUGGGGAGGGAGGUGAGAGUGGGUUCAUUGGUAUAUGUGAAUGUAUCCUUGGAUGAUUUACAGUUGUCUGGAAUAAAUCUUGUUACUUGCAUUUAAAAAAAAAAAAAUCACAUGGGAUGUUUUCUGUUUAUCAAGAAUUGUCACCGGGAGUCAAGUAGAGAGAGAUUCCUCACCAGGCAGCCUAGGCUGAACCUACAGUGGACCAGGGAUAUUGUUGCUUCUACAAUUAUAUACCUUAAUGUCAAGGUUAGAUUCUUUUUCCCUGUUCACAGAAGUAUGGUCUCCGUCCCUGCUAGGAGUUUGAAUGUAGCGUGGACUCAGACUCCAUCUGAGACCUCUGGGUUGUAUUUUUUUGAGGGGGCUGCUGGGAGGAGACAGUACCGCCCUGACUGUCCUGGUACCCUCUUUGUAGACCACACCAGCCUUCAACCCAGAGAUCCACCUUCCUCUGCCUCCAAAGUGCUGGGAUUAAAGGCAUGUAUUAACAUUGCCUGGCAGAAUUUACAUUAAAAAAUACUAUUUUAGGUUUUUUAGAGGUGGGGUUUCAUGUGGUCCAAGUUGGCCUUGAACUUGCUGUGAAGUUGAAGUUACCCUUGAUCUCCUGAUCUUCUCAUCACCAUUUCUCAAGUACCACCAUACUAAGCAACAAUUUUUUAAUGCCAUCAUAUAGACUUUUAUUGCAAUCAUAAAACUUGAAAUUCAUAUGUUGCAGGGGUUAGGGACAAAAUUAUACCUUAUCCCACCAAGUCACUGCACAGGGCUGCAGGAAGUAAGAAGAGACUAAGGAAAAGCCAGGAAGUCAAGAUCAGCAGAGAGCCAGGCUUCCAAACCCCAGAGAUGCUGUGAUGGUCAGUGUCAUUUUCUCAGAGAACUCUUAAGGCUUUGUCACGAUGGCUGGGUGUACCUGGGGUAGAGCAUCUAUAGACAACACCUGAACAACACCUUUAGUUUAAAAUUUCCAUUCAAGUCUGAAAGUUUAAGAAGUGGAGCUUGGAUAGAUAAGAUUACAAAACUUGUGAAAAAUCCAUUAGAAAAACAAUAGGAUUUUUAUUUGUUUGUUUUUCAGAACAGGGUUCCUCUGAGUAGUCUUGGCUGUCUUGUAACUUGCUCUGUAGACCAGGCUGGCAUGGAACUUAGAGAUCUGCCUGCCUCUGCCUGCUGAGUGCUGGGAUUAAAGGCGUGUGCCACCAACACCCAGCCCAUAGGAUUUUUUAUUUUAUAGGCUAGGUCACAAAGAAGGCUUUAGAGAUCCCUGCUUGCCCAGGGACAGAUACUAUAGUGUCCAACACAUGAAGGAACCUGUUUUAAAAGGCAGAUAGCUUAUGAAGAUGGGAGGGGCUGUCAGAGGCAAAGGCUCCCUCCCUCCCCACUUGAGCUUGGAUAGGACUUUGAAUUAACAAAAGGACCUCCCUCAAUUUGGAGAAAAAUCAGUAGCACCAGAAAUCCACCAUGGCUUUGCAUUAUGGCAGCAAGAUUGUCUUAAUGUAUAAUAGAUAAUUUCAUUUAAAAAAAAAAAAAGAUUAAAAUUCCUGCAUCCCCACCCAAACAGCAAUUCCUAUCUAGAGUUAACCCAUCACUUGUGUUGUCAGUACUUAUAUAGUAUCCUUCCUUGGAAACCUAUAUGGAAAGAUAGAAACUGAAUCUUCAUUCAAAACAAAAUGAGUAACUUGGGGCUUAUGACGUAUAGUUUUGGUCAACACACAAGAACAGGAAGAGGGCAUGGAGGUUUCUGAAUCAAAACUCAGUGGUAGCUAUCUAUGCAAAGCGGAGACGUUGGGGAAACUCAGGUCCAUGUGUACACAAAAAUUAUUUUUUUUUUGAGACAGUUUUUGUGUAGCCCUGGCUGUCCUGAAACUUACUUUGUAGACCAGGCUGGCCUUGAACUCAGAGGUCCACCUGCCUCUGCCUCCCGAGUGCUGGGAUUAGAGGUGUGCGCCACCAUGUUUGGCACAUACAUCUUAACAUCCUUAUGGUACUAUCAGUAGCACGGUUUUUUGUUUUAGUUUUUUUUUUUUUUUUUUUUAACACUUGUAUGUAUAUGAGUGCAUGCAUGUUGUGGUGUAUCUGUAGAGGUUAGAGGACAAUUUGUAGGAGUUAGUUCCCUCCUUUCCUGAGUACGAGUUCCCAGGGAUCAAAAUCAGAUUCAGGUUGUCCAUCUUGGCGUUGGCCUUUUUUUUUUCCAGCUUGCUAUGUAGCCUGGACUUGAAUUCACUACUGUUCUCUGACCUUCAGCCUCCUAAAUGCUGGUAUUUCAGGUGCGAGCCAGCAUACCAGACUCCUAGGCACUGUUUUAAAUGAAAAACCUUACUUGCCUGUUUCAACUGUCAAACAUUGAAAGGUUGCUCUGGGAGGUGUGGAGAAGGUGGGGAGUGGACUGGGAAGUUAGACAUGACACACAGGGCAGCAACGUCACAUACCCAGAUAAGCUGACAUGCCUACAGUUAAGUUUCUAAUGGUCACUCACCUGACUCCAGUCAGAUUAGCUAAUCCCAUCACCAUAUGGCCUUCUGGAGCUGCUGGACAUGGGCUUUCUUCAGAGUUUUACCUUGGCAUCCCCAGUUGCUCAUCAAGGCUUCUACUGUCUUUCCAUUUGUGUUGUAGUCACAUUAUUCUUUCUGUCCUGAAUAAACCUUUUGCCUUUUUGGUA